UUCAAAAUGGCGGCCGCGGCUAUGGAGACGUGGUGGGCCUUGCUGCUGUUGGCCUUGUUGCCUGUGGUCCGGCCUUUCUAUGUUCCCGGAGUCGCUCCCCGGGACUUCCGCGACGGUGACACAGUAGAUAUUAAGGCAGUCAAGCUGACCAGUUCCCGCACCCAGCUUCCUUAUGAAUACUACUCCCUCCCUUUCUGUAAGCCAGACUCUGUUGUCUACAAAGGGGAGAAUCUGGGUGAGGUGCUGCGUGGGGAUCGUAUUGUGAAUACGCAGUACACUGUUGAGAUGAACAAAAACAAGAAAUGUGAGAUGAUGUGCAGCAAGAAAACUCUGAGCAUAGAUGAAAGCAAGCUGGUUGCCGAGCGAAUCCAGGAGGAGUAUUAUGUUCACCUCAUUGCAGAUAAUCUGCCAGUUGCUACCAGGCUGGAGUUUUACCCCAACCGAGAGGCAGGAGCAGAGGAGGAGCAGAAGAAGGACGUGGCGAAAGAUAUCCAGUUUGAACAUGGCUAUAGACUUGGAUUUGUUGACAGCAACAAGUUUUAUCUGCACAACCACCUGUCCUUCAUCCUGUACUUCCACAGGGAGAAGCUGGAAGAGGGGGAGCUUCAUGACUACAGGGUUGUGCGAUUUGAGGUCGUUCCCCAAAGUGUCAAAGUGGAGGAUCUUAAAGCAGUGCAAAGCGAUAAGACUUGCACCCUGCCUGAGGCCAGUGGCUCCGCCCCCCAGGAGAUUGACCCAACCAAAGAGAACGAGGUUCUCUUCACCUACUCUGUCCACUGGGAGGAGAGUGAAGUGAAGUGGGCGUCUCGAUGGGACACGUACCUGACCAUGAGUGACGUCCAGAUUCAUUGGUUCUCCAUCAUCAACUCUGUGGUGGUCGUCUUCUUCCUGUCUGGUAUUCUGAGUAUGAUCAUCAUCAGGACCCUGAGGAAGGACAUUGCUAACUACAACAGAGAAGACGACAUAGAGGACACCAUGGAGGAGUCAGGGUGGAAGAAUGUCCACGGUGACGUCUUCAGGCCACCGCAGUAUCCCAUGAUCCUCAGCUCGCUGUUGGGCUCAGGGAUCCAGCUCUUCUGCAUGAUCCUCAUUGUCAUCUUUGUUGCCAUGUUGGGCAUGUUGUCUCCGUCCAGUAGAGGAGCCUUGAUGACGACGGCUUGCUUUCUUUUCAUGUUCAUGGGUGUGUUUGGUGGUUACUUUGCUGGCAGACUGUACCGCACACUGAAGGGCCAUCGAUGGAGGAAAGGAGCAUUUUGUACAGCAACUUUGUAUCCUGCAGUGGUGUUUGGAAUUUGCUUCAUCCUCAACUGUUUCAUCUGGGGAGAACAUUCAUCUGGAGCAGUUCCCUUCACCACAAUGCUGGCCCUGCUGUGCAUGUGGUUCGGCAUCUCCAUGCCUUUGGUCUACUUGGGUUACUACUUUGGCUUCCGCAAACAGCCGUACGAUAACCCGGUGCGCACCAAUCAGAUCCCGCGGCAAGUUCCAGAGCAGCGCUGGUACAUGAACAAGUUUGUAGGAAUCCUGAUGGCUGGGAUCCUGCCAUUUGGUGCCAUGUUCAUCGAGCUCUUCUUCAUUUUCAGUGCCAUCUGGGAGAAUCAGUUCUAUUACCUCUUUGGCUUCCUCUUCCUGGUUUUCAUCAUCCUGGUGGUUUCCUGCUCUCAGAUCAGCAUCGUCAUGGUUUAUUUCCAGCUCUGUGCAGAGGAUUACCGGUGGUGGUGGAGGACUUUCCUGGUUUCAGGAGGCUCAGCAUUCUACGUCCUCAUUUACGCCGUCUUCUACUUCAUCAACAAGCUGGACAUCGUGGAGUUCAUCCCCUCGCUCUUGUACUUCGGCUACACGGCCCUGAUGGUUCUGUCCUUCUGGUUGUUAACGGGCACGAUCGGCUUCUACGCCGCCUACAUGUUCAUCAGGAAAAUCUAUGCUGCAGUUAAGAUCGACUGAGACGUCACAAUCGCUGCUGGGGGU